AAAGGCAGCAUUUUGACGAAAACAUCCAACUCAAGCUACGCAGCGCGGAUGCAGUCAACUGUGUGACAGCUGCGUCGGUCAGUGGUGGCGUAUUUUUUUCAUAUAUUUUUUUAAAAGUUGGAUAAUGUCCGACCCUGACGCGACGCCGUACGAAUGCGCGACCGCUCGAUAAGAUAGGAACCGGAGAAGGACGAAAAGGACUCCCUCGGUAAGUUGGCGUCGUUCCCCCCGCGAUGGAGGCAGACGCGACCCUUAGCAGCGAGCUUGAGGACCGCAGUGUCACCAGCGGCAUGUCGACGCCUCUUUGAGCAAUUAACUACCAGGAAAAUUGCGCACACCUGCCUGCGCUAGUCAUCAACUUUUAAGCGAGAGAAAAAGUUCGCAUACAAAAUGACCAUGACUUAAAAGAGCACGUCAACUCGGAGCUCUACAAAGUUCUAGCAGCCUACAAACAUAGGACUUUUCAUCAUUCUUUAAGCAACAUGUCAUUCAAAGAGAACCCCUGUCGCAAGUUCCAAGCCAACAUUUUCAACAAGAGCAAGUGCCAGAACUGUUUUAAGCCCCGGGAGUCGCACCUGCUCAACGACGAAGACCUCAACCAGGCAAAACCUAUUUAUGGCGGAUGGCUGCUCCUUGCACCAGAGGGAACCAAUUUUGACAAUCCUUUGCACCGAUCUCGGAAAUGGCAGAGAAGGUUCUUCAUUCUGUAUGAACAUGGCAUACUUCGCUAUGCUUUGGAUGAAAUGCCGAGUACUCUUCCCCAGGGCACCAUAAAUAUGAACCAGUGCUCUGAUGUCAUCGAUGGAGAGUCUAGGACGGGUCAGAAGAACUCCUUGUGUAUUCUGACCCCUGAUAAAGAGCACUUCAUCCGUGCUGAGUGUAAAGAAAUCCUCAACGGUUGGCAGGAAGCUCUGACCGUGUACCCCAGAACAAACAAGCAGAAUCAGAAGAAGAAGCGCAAGGUAGAUCCACCCACUCAGCAGUGUUGUUGUGACCUUGCCUCCCAUUUUGUCCUCUCCUCCUCCCUUCCACUCCUUCCAUCCCAAACCCCUAUCCAGGAGCCGGGUCCCGCCAAGGUGACGGUCACCAGCAGCAGUGGAGGCAGCAUCCCGUGCCUGCCCAGCAGCAUUGCCAGUGCCGAACGUGUCCCAAUGAGCCGUGCCACUUUAUGGCAGGAGGAGAACCGCUGGAGUGGAGCCACCAUCUCGUGUAGCCGCAGCGCUUCCUGCCUCAGCCAGCUGGGCCAUAGCCAACCGGACUCCACUAUCACUACUCAAGAUGAUGUUGGCACAAUGAGCACUGGACGCAAAGUACGCGUGGAGAGUGGUUAUUUUUCCCUGGAGAAGACCAAGUCGGAGCCCUCUCCACAACCUGCACAGCAUUCACAACCACUGCAGCCACCCCACUAUCUGCCCCUGUCUUCAUCAACAUGUUCUUUAGGAGCUCCCAGUCCCAGGUACAACUCUGAUCCUGAACCCCCGAUGUUCCCCUAUCCGCACUCCCAAGACCCUCUACCCUCUCCAGGUGACAUAUUGUCCCCCAGCUACUCCACUAUCAGCUCCUCCCAGAGCUCACUGGACUCUGAACAUAGCAGCGCUACCCCCACCUGGGAGGGCCGCCGUUGUAGUGUUGGUGGAGGGAGCAUUGCUAGUGUGAAUAGUGCAGGGGGUAGAGUGGGUCAUUCAGGCAGAGAGUAUGCGACGCUGUCAGACGUGCCGCGGGCUCGCAGGCUGACCCACCGCGAAGCCUUUCAUUCAGAGAAAAAACGACAAGAGCUUAGAGCACGCACACGGAGUCCCGGAAGAGAAGAGGUGGCUCGGCUGUUUGGGGAAGAGCGAAGGCGUUCUCAAGUCAUUGACCGAUUUGAAGAGAGUCCAAAUGUAGAGCGCAUGGACAUGGGCAGCUCCAGCGACCUGUCAUCAAGUGUCAACAAUGCGCAGCGACAAGGCCGCAGUGAGAGACGCUAUCUAGGCGACAAACAUGACAUGUCAUUGGAUGCAGGAAAAGACCACUCAGUCCCGGAUGUGUCCAGCUCGACUUUUGCAAACAUAAGGAGGGCCAAGUCGCUUGACCGCAGAGUCACAGAGUCUUCAAUGACUCCAGAUCUGCUGAACUUCAAAAAGGGAUGGAUGACCAAGCUGUAUGAAGAUGGAAUGUGGAAGAAGCACUGGUUUGUCCUAACAGAUCAGAGUCUGAGGUACUACAAGGACUCAAUAGCUGAGGAGGCUUCCCAACUGGACGGUGAGAUUGAUCUGUCGACAAGUUACGAUGUCAAGGAGUUUCCCGUCCAGAGGAAUUAUGGCUUCCAAAUUCUGUGUAAAGAAGGAGCGUGCACCUUGUCAGCCAUGACCUCCGGAAUCCGUCGCAACUGGAUUCAGGCCAUCAUGAAGAAUGCUCGACCCACCAUUGCCCCCGAUGUCACUCGGAAAAACAUCUCACUGAAACUAUCCGUACUGAAGCCCAGAUCUGUCCCUGAGGAGAAUAUAAAAGCUCAGGUGCUGCUGGAGCCAUGUCCACAGGUCACACCUGAGCCAAGCCCCUGUCUUGAGCCCGCCAAGACUGAUGACCACAGACAGCCAACAGGGAAUCGUGUCUCCAAUCUGCCCUUCGAGCCCCGGAAAAGCAGGGUCCGUGAGCGCCGACGGGAAGGCCGUUCAAAGACUUUUGACUGGUCUGAGUUCAAAACUGAAAAAACAGACAAGCUUGUGAAGGAGCGAGCAGACACAGUUGACCUCAGUUUAUCCCUUUCCACAACCACCUCCUGCUGCUCUAUUUCCUCUUCUCCUUCCUCGUCAUUGUCCUCUCCUGUGUCUACCUCGGCCCUCCAAUCCUCCAAUGUAUCAGACACUCACCACCCCUCGACAAUAGUGCAUUCAGAAAAGAAUAACGUUAGGAGGGGCCCAGUCAGCAUAAACCACCUGCCAAAUACUGUACCUGUCACUUCCACGUUGAACACAUCACCAGUGGAACCGCCCAGACCUGAACAUCAAGCGCAAGGAAAGAUGGAGGUAGACCACCCUACAGCCCUGCACAAUGUUGAGGAAGACAAGUUCACCGAAACCUUGGGUGUGCAGGAAGAGAUCGAACACCGAUGGCAUCAGGUUGAAAAAACACCACUAAGGGAAGAGAAGCAAGUGCCCAUCACCACUGCUUCAGGGAACCCAGACAGAUUACCUCCACAUGAGCUUGCUGUACUGCUAGACAAAGAGCUGGGACAGAAACAGAAAGAGCUGGACCAGCUGCACAGACAGAACAGUCUUUUAAAAGAGCAGCUGGAAAAUGCACUAGGAAGAGAACAGAGUGCCAGAGAUGGCUACAUCCUGCAGAGCGCAACACCCCCUUCGUCCUCGCCACGUAGAAUGCCAUGGCAACACUUGCACCAGCUCAAGCAAGACUUGCAGGGUGAAUUAGAGUCCCAGAAGCGCAAGCAGGACCUCACUCAACAGCAGUUUCAGGCGUUAAAGAGAAGCUACACUGAAGCCCAAGAUGUAGUAGACCACCAUGAUGCUGACAUCCAAGCCCUGCAAGCGAAGCUAGCAUCUGCACUAGCUGAAAUCUUGGCAAGUGAACAAGCUGUGGCUCGUAUGCGCAAUGAACUCAAGCUGGAACAAGAGCGUUCAAAGGAACAAGACGAGGAACACGGGCGCAGCGAGGCCACCUUACGAGCUCAGCUAAAGGACAGUGAAGAUAGACUGCGUGAGGUUGAGGCCAGCCUUUUAGAGCGAAACCAGGCCCUCCGGCAUCUCGAGCACCAGCAGGCCCUGCAGCGAGACCACACCAGAGAGAUACAGAGGUUACAGGACAGACUACAAGAGGUGACUGCACGGCUUGUUGCAACAGAGGAAGGUCAGGCGCUUAAAGAAGAACGCCUGAGAAAGGAGCAGCAUAGCAUUCAAGAGAGUCACGAGAGGGAAAAACAAAGUCUUUGUAGGAGAAUAGCCGAAGCUGAAACAGCACAUAAAUGCAUGGAGGACAGGCUGCUAGAGGCCGAACAGCAGGUGGAAGCCUUGCUAAAAGGGCGGCAGGCCUCAGCAGGAGUAGAACACAUGGAGGAAAUGCUAAAGUUGCAAGAGGAUCUUGCCCAGAAGAUCAGCAUGGUAGACUCACUGAAGGAGAGCGUACGCAGGCUCGAAGAAGAGAGAGGUCUGCUCACAUGCAGAUGUCAGGAGCUUCUUAACCAGAUUGCAGAGGCAGACCGAGAGGUCAACAAGCUUCACAAUCGCCUCAAAACGGAGGAGGCAGAUUACUGCUCUCUGGAGAACUCUUAUGAGAGGGCCACCCAAGAGUUUCAGAGAAUGAGCCAAUUCCUCAGAGAAAAAGAGGAAGAGAUUCGGCAGACGAAAGAAAUGUAUGAAAGGCUGAUGGAAUGUAAAGAGGAGGACUUAAGAGAGGCUCUUGUUAAAAUGACUGUACUUGGCAACAGUUUAGAAGAAACUGAACAGAAGCUGCAAGCAAAGGAGGACCUUCUUUGUCAAAUGAGUCAAAAUCUGAUAGAGAAAGUUGAGCCAAGGGAUGCUGAACAAGAUCUUAAAGUCAAGCUUGGGGUCGCAGAGGACCGCAUAAUCGAGCUUGAGCAGCACCUCAAUGACUUGCAACUGGGAUAUGCUAAUUUACACUUCGGGAAGAAACAAGUCCAAGAACAGAACAAACGGGAACAUGUCUUUUCUUCAAACAAUGCAACUAAUACAGAGAACUCAACAGAUGACAACGUCUCACAGGCUAAGAGGCCAAGAAUUCGUUGUUCUAAUAUCCAAGGUCAAAAAUAUGACAACUUGGAUGACCCAGAUGAUUGCCAUUUGAGCGAUGCAUUUGAAGAUAAAAGACAAGUGGACAACCAGGAAGACUUUGAUCUGGCUGAGGCCCUUUCCUACCCAGGUACCCCGUUCCCACAUGCCAGUGACUCUGAGAAGUUUAUUUCCAUUGUGCGUGCCCUAGAAACUAAGCUGCUCACUACCGAGGAAAAACUGAGAAAUCUAACUAGGACUCUACAGGAGCAACGUUCCAUUCAUGUUGAUGUGUCCAAGAAAGAUUUAAAAAUGGUUGAAAACAAGCCGUACUCAGAUAAAAAUGUUAUGUGUGCCACUGGACCUUCUCUCAAUAAUCCUUACGUAAAGGCCCUGCAUUGUGUGGAAACAAGUCGAGAGAAAGUCAAGGCUAUUCUGUCUGGCACUCACGAUACCACUGAUUCUCAGCUUCACUCGCUGGCAGAGGUUGAAAACGAGCUGUUCAGUGCAUCAAUGUAUAUCCGCCAUGCACAAAAGACCUUGGACGAACAAUCGCCUGCUCUCCCUCAAACGUCAGAAUCCUUAGAUAAAGAAGCAAUUAAUCUCUUUGCCAAAACACUUUCUUUCGAGGCACUUGUUUUAAAUAAAAUGGCUUUGCUGGUGCAGUCCUCGGAGUCUGACCUUCUGCAAACGCUGACAGCGAUAUGGAAGGACAUAGAGAACAUUAAAAGUGGUGACAAAGAUUGCUUAGCUAUAGUUUAUGCAGAUGUCUUGACUAGGAAGUUAAUGUUGGAGAAUGCAUUUUGGAAGGAACUAGAGAAUGAGGUGACACCAUGUGAGGGUUUAAAUGUUGCCGAAUCUCAGGAGGCCAGUGUUGCAGCUGAUGCAGACAUAAACACAUCAGCUAUAUUUAAUACUUUAAUCAAAGCAGAACUGUCUUACUCUAUUCAAAACCUUAAGCUUUGCUAUGAAGAGAAAUUCAGGGUGCUUAAAGGGGAGCUGGCUGAAGCUCAUCACAAUCUAUAUCAAAGGGAAAUGGCAUUGAAGGCAAUUAUUGAAGCCUCCAAGAGGUCUGAUUUGAAAAAUGUAAUCAAAGAAGUUAAAUGCAACUUUGGCCUUGGUAAACAAAAGUUAGCCGAUAUUCACCCACCUGAACUUGCUCCAUACACAGAGCAGAUCAAACUGCAAGACGCCCGUGAGCUCGCUGAAGAGAUUAUAGAGCGACAUUUAGCCGAGCAGGUGCCAUCUUGUAGUGUUGACUCCAUCCAGUCUCUGCAAGACACACAUGACUGUUUGGCUACUGAGCUUCAACAACAAGCAGCAAAGCUCUACACAUAUGCACAAGAAAUACAAAGCAGUGGCAACCAUCCUGAAUUAGCUAAAAUGGUCAAUGCACUUUUAGGGCCUCAAACAUCUCAUGUUUUUACUAGUACCUCUCUUUGUAUGCGAGAAGCCCUCAUCCAGGCUCAGGUGGCUUAUGUGGCGUGCAGAUUACGCUCCAUGCAUGAACGAAACGUGGGUUGGUGUAAACAGACACAUCAGAACAUGGACACCCUCGUGCAGCAGCAUGCCUGCAGCAUCAGGGCAAUCCACGAGAAGUACGAAACAUCCUUUCAGGAGGAGCGCCACAAAAUCUCUCAAACACUGGCCAUUCUUCAGAAGGAGAACAAAACUCUCAAGAGUGAAGUCAGUCAACGUUCCAACCAACUCUCACAACAACAAGAGCAGCUGGCGCUCCUGGAAGAACAUUUCAAGAUGCAAACUGAGGAGCUCAAGCAGAAGCACAAGCAAGAGCUAAACCUAGCUGAGAAAGAGCGGGCGUCAACAGAGCUGGCCUUUGUAGAGACCUCAGUAGACAGCCAGCAGAAGCUGAAGAAUCUGCUAUCGGACAUGGACGCCAUGAAGCAGCAGCACCAGAGUCAUGUCAGGAAGCUGGAGGAACAAUUUGAGCAGAGAAUCUCUGAGCUUGAGCACAUCUACAAAGAGGAGAUUUUAAAGCUGCAUUUCCAGCAUGAGGACAUUUGCAAUGUCCAAGAAGUGGAUGAGAAAAACCCUGAGGUUUCUCACCAGCCCUCUUUUGAGGCCUCAGCACCAAUGGAAGAAGAGGAACAAGGGAAGGAGGGAGGUGCAUACGCCAUGUCAGAGGUGGACACUAUGGGGCUUCUAAAAGACAGGAUCCAAGAACUGGAGACUCAGAUGAUCAGCAUGAGGGACGAAUUGGAAAUCAAGCACCUGGAAGGAGAUGUGGCCAGCCUGAGGGAGAAAUACCAGAGAGACUUUGAAAGUCUUAAGGCCACGUGUGAGCGUGGCUUCGCAGCAAUGGAAGAAACCCACCAGAAAGUGGUCGACGACCUCCAGAGGCAGCAUCAGAGGGAGAUUUCUAAACUCAUGGAAGAGCGAGAGAGGCUCCUGGCAGAGGAGACUGCUGCCACUAUCGCCGCUAUUGAAGCUAUGAAGAAUGCACACAAGGAGGACCUAGAGAAGACCCAGCGCUCCCCGAUCAGUGGACUGAACUCUGAUAUCGAUGAACUGCGAUUACAAUAUGAGGAAGAGCUGCAGUCCAUCCAGAGGGAGCUGGAGGUUCUGUCUGAGCAGUAUUCUCAGAAAUGUCUGGAGAACGCCCAUCUGGCUCAGGCCCUGGAGGCUGAAAGGCAGGCCCUCAGGCAGUGUCAAAGAGAGAACCAGGAGCUCAACACCCACAACCAGGAAUUGAAUAACCGCCUGUCUGCAGAGAUCACGCGCAUGCGCUCUUGUUUCAGUGGUGAAACAGCACUGUCGCCGGUCACACAGGGCAAAGAUGUGUAUGAACUGGAGGUGCUGCUUCGAAUCAAGGAGUCAGAGAUACAAUACCUUAAACAGGAAAUCCACUCUUUGAAGGACGAACUGCAAACUGCUCUGAGGGACAAGAAGUACACUACAGACAAAUACAAAGACAUCUACACAGAGCUGAGCAUUGUGAAAGCAAAGGCUGACUGUGAUAUUGGCAAGCUGAAGGAGAAGCUGCUCGUUGCCACCGAAGCGUUAGGCGAGAGGACCGUUGACGGGACAGUCACAUCUGGAUAUGAUAUCAUGAAAUCCAAAAGUAACCCUGACUUCAUCAAAAAAGAAAAAUCAACUCCCCCCAAGUCAUCCAGAGGCAUUAGGUCAAAGUCUGUCACUGAACAGGUCCAAUGGGAUAGCUGACACUCCCCAUGUGGGGUUAAGCCCUCCCACAAAACCCGCCCGAGAUGCGCUGUAGAGUCUGAAAGAGGGACUGACGGUGCAGGAGCGCAUGAGGCUGUUUGAGGCAAAGGAUUCCAAAAAGAUUCAAAUGUCAAGAGUCUGAAGCUUCUCUUUACCAGCUUUUUGUUUUUAUGGGGUUUGUUUUUUGCAUUUUUGCUAAGACUGUGCCAGCACUAGCUCAGACUCAUGGGAGUGAGAGAUCAGACCUUCUGCUUACAUGGAACAAUUUUUUUGCAUGUUCAAAAAAGGUAUUUAAUAUGUCUAAAGUGGUGUGGAAUAAGCUGUGAGAGGGAUACAUGACAGCCUUUUUAAUCAUAUUCCCAAAUGCCAAAAUAGAUAAAACACAGUAUGAAUAAUAUAUAUCUAUAUAUUUCCUGAUAUUUGUCUGCUGUAUUUUAUAUUGUUAGUUUCUUCCGUAUAUCUGAAUGAUUUUAUUGUUUAGUGUACAUAACUACUGGACAUACAGUAUGUAAGAGCAUGCGUUUGUUGCGUGUUGGGGCAUCUGCUGUACUCUAGUUUGACUGGUGGAAAUUGUAUUUUUAUUAUUUUUUUAGUUAUUAAAAUAUGUCUGUGGGAUGAAAGGGGUGGGAUUGGGGGAGGGGGGUUCAGUUGGUGGGAUUGCACUUACAACUUGACUACUUGAGAAACCUUUUUUUAUGUAUCCAAUCGGUGUUGUGAUUUUCUCUAAUUAUUGGAGUGCAACCAAACAUGGUGACGCGUUUUGUGGCGUACUUUUUAUCCGGUUUCAAAUGUGUGACUUUCGGGCUUUGCAUGUCUAAUAUUGUGUCAUUUAAAUCGCAAAUUGCAGCACGUGGCCUCCUUUUCCUAUUUUGUGACGCUUUCAGUGUGGAACCUUUAACCUUAAUAAGCUUUGCUUUUGCAAGUCCUACUGUUUUAACGUUACCUCGAAGCACUUGGCCCCCGCUUUAUUAUAGUUGUGCCUCAACCCAGUGAAGAACACCCAUUAAAAAAACGGAAAUAAAAAAACUGUGCAGCUAUGGAAACACACUGUGUAGUAUUCAAAACCAUGCUUCGGAAAUGUACACAUACACAGUAUAUAUGCGCCACAUUGAACACUUCUUCUCGUGUGUUCUUGUUUUCAACUUGCUCACUCGCUCUAUAUGAAAUAUAUGAAUAUUUUUUUUAUUUGAAUGUAUAACAUGAAAUAAAUCAAGCGUUUGGAAAACACA